AUGGGUUGUGCUACCAUAAAGAGCGAACUGAUGAAGUUAUUCCCUGUGCCUGAGUUCAACGAUCAAGCUCCAAGAAUGCUUCGAAAGGAUAGUGAGGCCUUAGGAAACACAUUGGUUACCUUUACCAACAAAAAUAACAACAGCUUACAGAUAAAUUCUUGGCUUGACAUGAGAAGCUUGUGCAUGGGAGUUGGGCAUUCAUGA